UCUCACGAUGAGGCGCUUUCGCUUGUUCGAACCCAAAUUCCUCCUGCCCUUGUGCCUCUUGGCCGUCCUGGCUUUCGUCUUCAUCCCCUUUUCGCACGACCCCUUCUCCAACCUGGACGAAACGUCGCGACUGAAGUUGAAUGACUUAACCGCGCAGGUGGACGAGGGCGACGCUAAAUCUAUUUUUGGCUCUGAAAAAGUCAUUUUCUUCCUCGAGUCUUCGGGAAGGGCGACUCUGAAAGCGAGGCAAGUGUGCACCAUCGAGUCCGUGGCCAGAAACACACCCCCUGAUGUCACCCUUGCCAUCGUCUUCGUCCACCCAGUGCAGCACUUAGACAUGCAGCUCAACGUCGCCUUGUUCAAACUGCUCAAGGCGCACGGCGACAAGGUUCAGAUCUUCACCAUCAACGCUGCCCAAUUUCUGACGCACUCAACAGUGUUCGCGCCGAUCGCGGACAAAUUCCUGAAGAAGACGCCGUACAAGACAAACCACCUGAGCGACUUCCUGCGGCUGAGUCUGGUGUGGCGGUUUCUACAUUGACCUGGACGUGCUGCUGCGCCUGCGCAGCUUCCUGCUGACGCGCACGCGCGAUACGAUCGGCUCAUACUUCUUCGGUUUCGCGAAGGGCGACGCCGCGCUUGCGCAGAUCAUGGCGCAGGUGGUGCACGAUUACGCGCCCAAAAGCUACGCGACCGUACCCAACGCCAUGGGCGCCGCCUUCGCCAGGUUCAACGCGAGCGUGCGCAGCGCCCUGACGCAGGGUCGCGUCGGCCACUUGCACGUGCUCAACUCGACCCUGUUCUCGCCGACUGGCGACUGGGUCACCUACCCACAGCUCUUCGACGAGGCCAACGCCCACCUCGUGCCGCAAUUCCUCCAGGUCAGCUACGGCGUCCACGUGUGGAACUACGCCAGCGAGAAGAAGACGGUGCCCUUCAACUCGACGUCGCCCUUCGCCAUUCUGGCCAGGCAACACUGCCCCCUCUCCUUCAGCUCUUGCAGUGCCAAGGGAUACUUUUGAUUUCCAAAAACUUUUGUAAUAAAAUGAAAUGGUAUUGAUU